GUUUGCAAACUUUUUGAAGUGGAUCCGUUUUGCAAUUCUCUUCAGUCCUCCAGGUUCUAGCUGGGGUUUGGGGGGGGGGGGCAGUUACAUAGCAGAGUCGCAAUGUGAUUGGGUGGGUCGCUUGGGGCCAAGCGCGCACUCAGGCGAAGGUGAGAGCAGCUGAAAAGUUGGAGCCCAAUCAGCGCGGAGUUGAGCGCUGUGCCCCAACCUUCAGGUGACCCCGUGCGGCAGCGGCGGCAGCAGUAGGCAGAGGCAGCGGCGGCUGCAGCGACCAGAGCCCGCAGCUGCUCCGAGCGCCUCCGGGAGGACAGGCGGCGAGCUCGGAGGAUUGUCAUCCGCUAGCCGUCCGUCAGCUUCGGCGGCUGGGGGCUGGCUUGGAAGAAGCCGGUGAGCCUGGACGCGGCUUCUUCGGCUUGGUGCCCAGCAACACUGUUGCAGGCUGGGCUCCGGGCAACCCCCAGAGUGUGGGCCCGCGCCACAGCCUUUGAACGCUGGGGGUGUGCGUGGCAGCGGCCGCGGUGGCGGCAGCGGCGGCGGCGGUGACCGGAACGGCGAGUCGGUGCCGCCCGGGCUGCGCUUCGCCUCGGCAGCUUUGGCGGCGAGGGCGCCCGUGGCUCAGGAUGAGACCGGGGGGCACGCUGUUCGCCCUGGUAGGCAGCCUGAUGCUGCUGCUCCUCCUGCGUCUGCUCUGGUGCCCGGCUGACUCGCCCGCCCGCUCCAGGCUGCUGGUGGAGGAAGGCAGGGAGGACACCGGGGCCACCUCCGCUGCACUGAGGAUCCUCUGGAGCCCGACAACCCCAGUACCACGCACCAGGAACAGCACGUAUCUGGAUGAGAAGAUACCCCAAAUGACAGAGAAAUGCAAAGACCUGAAAUAUAGCUUGAACUCUUUAUCUAACAAAAUGAGACGGUACUCUGAGGAUGACUAUCUCCAGAUCAUCAAAAGCAUACAGAGAUGCCCAUGGAAACGGCAAGCAGAGGAAUAUGACAAUUUUAGAGCAAAACUGGCUUCCUGUUGUGAUGCCGUUCAAGACUUCGUGGUUUCCCAGAACAACACUCCAGUGGGGACUAACAUGAGCUAUGAGGUGGAAAGCAAGAGACAAAUCCCCAUUCGAGAGAACAUUUUCCACAUGUUUCCAGUGUCUCAGCCUCUUGUGGACUAUCCCUAUAACCAGUGUGCAGUGGUUGGCAAUGGGGGAAUUCUAAACAAGUCUCUCUGCGGAGCGGAAAUUGAUAGAUCUGACUUUGUCUUCAGGUGUAACCUCCCCCCAAUCACAGGGAGUGCUCGUAAAGAUGUUGGAAGCAAAACGAAUCUUGUGACUGUCAAUCCCAGCAUCAUAACACUGAAAUACAGGAAUUUGAAGGAGAAUAAAGCAAAGUUUCUGGAGGAUAUUUCCACCUAUGGAGAUGCAGUUCUGCUCUUGCCAGCUUUUUCCUAUCGGGCCAACACAGGCAUCUCAUUUAAAGUCUACCAAACACUCAAAGAAUCUAAAAUGAGGCAAAAGGUUCUCUUCUUCCAUCCCAGGUACCUGAGACACCUUGCUCUUUUCUGGAGAACUAAAGGGGUGACUGCAUACCGCUUGUCCACAGGCUUGAUGGUCGCAAGCAUCGCGGUGGAACUGUGUGAAAACGUGAAGCUCUAUGGAUUCUGGCCUUUCUCUAAGACUCUGGAACAAACCCCUCUCAGUCACCACUACUAUGACAACAAGUUGCCUAAGCGUGGUUUCCACCAGAUGCCUAAAGAAUACAGCCAAAUGCUCCAGCUCCAUAUGAGAGGCAUCCUCAAACUGCAAUUCAGCAAAUGUGAAACGCCUUAACAUUUCUUAGAAUGAGAAUAAUUUCAGUAGGUGGAGUGGGUGCGUCACGGUGUCUCCAAAUGUGAAUGGAAGGAAGGCACAGAGAAUGGAGGAUUAUAAAAGAGCUCCCCCACUUGGCUAGACCAAAGCACCCAACUAACUUUGCAGCCUCCACGAGUCACUCAUUCUCACCUUCAAAGCUGUUUCUCUGACAAUGGAGAUCAAAAUAUUAGACUCUGAUAAGUAAAAUGAGAUAAUCUUUCAAAUCGGCAUAGAAUUUGACUUGAGGCAGGGACUGGAGGAAUGCUCCCUUGUUCCUAUCCAUGAUAGCCAUUCCUACCUUUAUCAGAGUGGUAAUGAAGCUACAAUUGUGCCAAAGACCCUUUCUGAAGAGAAUGUCUGAAUCAUCCGCUGAGUUCUUACUCACAGCUCUUCCUUUAUAAAUACAUCCUUCCCAUCCUCCCUCCUAAUAGAGUACAGAAACAAAAUACCCUUGAUGAUUCAGGAAGUAAAAUCUUUUUU